UGUACUUUUAUGUGUUCAGGUUCUGUAUUUUUUAUUUCAACUGUGCCUUCUUUCAUGGCUUGGAUGACUUAUAUUUCCCACUGGUUUGAUGAAGAUGAUUGGUAUGAAGGACAACAAAGACCAAAAAUGUCACAUGUGAAACAAGUGGGACUUUUAGCUGCUGGAUGUCAGCCAUGGAACAAGGAUAUAUGUGCUGCUAGUGGGGACAGAUUUGCCUACUGUGCUACCCUUGCUGUAUAUAUUUAUCAGCUGGAUCACCGAUACAAUGAAUUCAAGCUCCAUGCAAUUAUGUCUGAGCACAAGAAGACAAUCACAGCCAUAUCUUGGUGUCCCCACAACCCUGACGUGUUUGCAAGUGCCAGUGCAGAUAGUUUAGUGAUCAUAUGGAAUGUGAAUGAACAGAAAGUUGUGGCCAAGCUGGACAAUACAAAAGGAAUUCCUGCAUCCCUUGGCUGGUGCUGGAAUGCAGGUGACGCAGUUGCAUUUGUGUCGCACAGAGGUCCUCUGUACAUAUGGACUAUCUCAGGACCUGACAGUGGGGUAACUGUGCAUAGAGAAGCACAUAGUUUCUUGUCAGAUAUCAGUCUGUUUAGAUGGCAUCCAAAGAAAAAAGGAAAGGUGGUAUUUGGACAUACUGAUGGAAGCCUAUCUAUUUUUCAAUCAGGUUCUAAAAAUCAGAAACACGUCUUAAGACCAGAAUCUCUUGAAGGAACGGAUGAAGAGGAUCCAGUUACUGCCCUGGAGUGGGACCCUUUGUCAACUGAUUACCUUCUUGUUGCUAAUUUACAUAAUGGUAUUCGACUAGUUGAUUCUGAAUCUCUGUCCUGUAUCACAACUUUUAGUUUUCCCAGUGCAGCAGCAUCUGUUCAGUGUUUAGCCUGGGUUUCUAGUGCACCUGGAAUGUUUAUAACUGGAGAUUCUCAGGUUGGUGUGUUACGUGUUUGGAAUGUUUCACGUACAACACCUAUAGAUAAUUUUAAAUUGAAGCAAACUGGUUUCCAUGGCUUGCAUGUGCUAAGCUCUCCUCCAAAAAAAAAGUCCUGUUCAUCACAGUAUCCUACUAAAAAUCACCAUACAUCUUCAACAAGUGAGGCUGUUCCUCCUCCAACUUUAACCCAAAACCAAGCAUUUUCUCUUCCUCCUGGUCAUACCGUCUGUUGCUUCAUGGAUGGUGGAGUGGGACUUUAUGACAUGGGAGCCAAAAAGUGGGAUUUCCUUAGAGAUUUGGGACAUGUUGAGACCAUCUUUGAUUGCAAAUUCAAACCUGAUAACCCUGAUCUUCUUGCUACAGCUUCAUUUGAUGGCACAAUAAAAGUUUGGGACAUAAAUACUUUAUCAGCGGUUUAUACAUCUCCUGGUAAUGAGGGGGUUAUUUAUUCCAUUUCUUGGGCUCCAGGAAAUCUGAACUGCAUAGCAGGUGGAACAUCCAGAAAUGGUGGCUUUAUCUGGGAUGUUAGAAAAGGCAAAAUGAUAACUAGAUUCAGUGAGCAUGGAAAGAAUGGAAUCUUCUGCAUUGCCUGGAGUCAUAAAGAUUCCAAAAGAAUAGCAACCUGCAGCAGUGAUGGAUUUUGUAUUAUUCGAACCAUCGAUGGCAAUGUUCUUCACAAGUACAAACAUCCAGCUGCAGUGUUUGGCUGUGACUGGAGUCAAAACAACAAAGAUAUGAUAGCUACUGGUUGUGAGGAUAAAAAUGUUCGUGUUUACUACUUGGCAACCAGCUCUGAUCAACCAUUGAAAGUUUUUACUGGGCAUACUGCAAAGGUGUUUCAUGUACGGUGGUCUCCUCUCAGAGAAGGAAUCCUCUGCAGUGGCUCUGAUGACAGUACUGUUCGGAUAUGGGAUUAUACACAAGAUGCUUGUAUAAAUGUUCUUAGUGGACAUACAGCUCCGGUACGGGGACUGAUGUGGAAUCCUGAAAUUCCUUACCUUCUAAUAUCUGGCAGUUGGGACUAUACAAUUCGAGUCUGGGACACAAGAGAUGGAACCUGUUUGGACACAGUUUAUGAUCAUGGUGCAGAUGUAUAUGGAUUAACGUGUCAUCCUAGUCGUCCAUUUACUAUGGCAUCUUGCUCUCGUGAUUCCACUGUGAGACUCUGGUCAUUGACACCUCUUAUAAACCCUCUACAAAUAAAUAUCAUAACAGACAGAUGUUGGGAUGAUAUUAUUGGCAAUACAGAUCGCGCCGUGGAGUCUGGAGCUCCUCCUUUGCUGUGUGGUAAAGUUUCCAGGGAUAUUAAACAGGAAUUGGAAAAAUUGUCAGGAAGUCCUAAAGGAAAAAAACUAAGGUGGUUUUCAGAAUUUUUUUCACCUCCAGGAGGCAGCAAAAAUUUAUGGGAUUUGGUUGCUGUAAUAAAGGGACAGGAUGACAGUUUGCUUCCACAAAACUACUGCAAAGGAAUUAUGCAUAUGAAACACCUCAUUAGAUUUAGACUGUCCAAGGCACAAGAACUGACAACAGUAAAGAUGUCUAAAUUUGGAAGUGGUAUUGGUGCACCAAGCAAAGAAGAAAGACUCAAAGAAGCUGCAGAAAUACAUUUAAGAUUAGGACAAAUUCAGCGAUAUUGUGAGCUAAUGGUAGAACUUGGAGAGUGGGACAAAGCUCUCUCAGUUGCACCUGGUGUAUCAAUGAAAUAUUGGAGGAAGUUAAUGCAGAGGAGAGCUGAUCAGUUAAUUCAGGAAGAAAAUGAUGAUGUUAUCCCAUACUGUAUAGCUAUUGGAGAUGUGAAGAAACUGGUUUCAUUCUUUACUUCAAGAGGUCAGCUUAAAGAGGCUCUACUUGUUGCACAGGCAGCUUGUGAAGGAAAUAUACAGAUGUUACCACUCUCCACAACAAGUGGAACUUCAAAUUCUGGUGGAAACAAUACAGAUGAUUACAAUGAUCUCCUGCAGAAGGUCAGUAAAGAACUGGCAGAUUGGUAUUUCCAGGAUGGCCGUGCAGUGCUUGCAGCAUGUUGUCAUCUGGCUGUUGAAAAUAUAGAGCUUGCGAUGGCAAACCUGAUUCGUGGAAAUGAACUGGAGCUGGCAAUCAGUGUGGGCGCUGUCUUGGGAGAAAGUGCAGCACAAGCAAUGCAUUAUGCCCUAGAGUUACUAGCAAGAAAAUGUAUGGCAGUAAUAACAUGCUUCCCAUCACUUGGAUACAGGGAUUUAGCAGUUGAUCUUCUUAUGAUGAUUCCUGAUAAUAAAUUGCAGUUAGUAAAACUAUGUGCUUUUUAUCCUGGAUGCACAGCAGAAAUAAAUGACCUGCAUGAAAAGUGUAAUCUUCCUGAUGUGGAAGAAUGUAUGCGAGUGGCAGAGACAAUUCAGGCAGAUGGGGAUGUAUUUGAAACAAUAAAAUACUAUCUGUUGAGCACAGAACCUGAAAAGGCUCUCCCUGUUGGCAUUCAAUAUGUGAAAGAACAACUUUGUGCCUCAGAUUGGACUUUAGAUUCAGUCUUCCCGUAUCUUGAUCUUUUAAGUUACAUACGGACUGAACAGUUAAUGUUGCCUAAGUGCAGUGAGUUUCGGAAUGAGUUGCUGAUUUUGUGUGGUUAUGUUGGUGCUUUACUCGCUAUCAGAAGACAGUACAACAGCAUUGUACCUGCACUGUAUGAGUAUACAAGUCAGCUUUUAAAAAGACGGGAAGUAUCUGUACCUUUGAAAAUUGAACAGCUUUCUGAGGAAUUAGAUGCAUGGAGAGCUUGCACACAAUCAAACAAGCCUACGGAUGAGCUGCCAUGCACCCCGCCCUCUGAAUCGCAGAGAGCUCUGUAUUCAGUACUUGUCUCACGAAUUCAGGGGGAGCCUCUGAAAGGAAUGGUUGGGCCAGACUGUGUCACUGGAUCAAAUCUUCCCAGUCAUUCAGAUGUUCAUACCUCUUGUUUGACAGGGCUAAAGAUCCAGGGUCCUGUGUUCUUCCUCGAAGAUGGAAAAUCUGCUGUUUCACUGAAUGAUGCUUUGAUGUGGGCCAAAGUGAAUCCUUUUUCACCAUUAGGAACAGGAAUACGACUUAACCCAUUUUGAUGAGGUGUUUCCUCUGUACUUGAUAGUGCUUAAAAUAAUACUCUGGGACUUAAUGCUGAUUUAACCUUGAUUGUCAGAGGACAGAGAGGUGGUAGUUGAUUCCUCCUGAAGGUCAAUUACUUGAACUUUGAAAAUUUUAAAAUGAGAACAAAAGGAUUUCUAUACAAAUGUUUGUUGAGAAUCCAAAGAAAAGAGUAAUUUGAUAAUCCAAAGAAAAAGUCUUAAUUUCAUAUAUAGCCAUGUCAUUUUUUUUUAGUAAGAAUAUUGUCGUCAGACAAUUAUUUUUGUCAGCUCUGUGUGAAUAGAUGCUUUGUAAGAAACUAUCUAUAUAUUACCAAAAUAUUGAUGAUAAACUGUGAAACCCAUAAACACUCUUCCAAAAUAUAUAAUCCUAGAAUUACUUUAUUGACAGCAAUUCCAAACUUUUUUUAGAAUGACUGGAAUAUUUUGGCUGUUACACACUGUCCCUCUUUUUAGUUUGAACUAAGUUUUUACACACAGGGUUCUAUAGCAAAAGUAAAAUUUAAAGAGUAGGUGUUUUUUUUCAUCCAUUUGUUAUUGUGCUUUAAUAGCAGUACAAAUAGAAAGUCACUUAUGUUUUGUUUAGAUUAUCUAUUUUUAUUUAUUUAGAUUAUCUAGAUUACAAAAUUGUAUUUUCUAAUAGGAUCAUAUUUGGCAACAUUCUCCAUUUUACUUUCA